AUGUCGAAUGUCAUAAAUAGAAAGGUGUUGGGUUCUGAAACAGAAUGGCACUUCGCCCACCGCGGAUUGCCGCAUGCGCGCACACGUCGCUCUAUUGCGCAUACGCGUAUGCUUAAGCAACAUCCACUUGUUCACACAGCCGUCCAACAAACUGGUUUUAAACGUGUGAAACGUGGGUUCCGGCCAUUAAGGUUGCCGGAGACGGCGCCGGCGGCGGAACCCCGCGACCCAUAUUUCCCCCUGCAAUGGUACCUGAAGAACACGGGUCAAAAUGGGGGCAAACCGAAACUUGACCUCAACGUAGAGGCUGCGUGGGCGCAAGGUUACACUGGGGUUAACGUUACAACUGCUAUUAUGGAUGAUGAGUUCCACCUGGGACUUAAUUAUAAGAUACCAGGUGCCGGACCUCGCGAGAGGGUAGUACGGAGGGUUUUGCACGGUAGGCUCACUGCACUGGACCGCCGUCCCUUGCAGUGGGAGAGCCCGGUUUCAGUCGGCCUCUAG